AUUCGUACGCGCGACUUUUUGGCGAGUGUGUAUAAAAAUCUCCGGCUCUGCGUAAAAAACGAAUAUCGUGCUGCCUAGCCCCCGAAAUUAGUAGAUCAGUCGAAAACACACAAAAUGGCCGAGAACAAGCAAGUGGAUACAGAAAUAAACGGCGAGGAUUUCACCAAGGACGUGACUGCCGACGGUCCGGGAUCUGAAAAUGGUGAUGCGGGCGCCGCCGGCUCGACCAACGGCAGUUCGGACAACCAAUCGGCCGCAUCCGGCCAGCGGGACGACGACAGGAAACUGUUUGUCGGUGGUCUGAGCUGGGAAACGACUGAGAAGGAACUCCGCGAUCACUUCGGCAAAUAUGGCGAGAUCGAGAGCAUCAAUGUCAAGACAGAUCCCCAGACCGGUCGGUCCCGAGGAUUCGCCUUCAUCGUGUUUACAAACACCGAGGCCAUUGACAAAGUCAGCGCCGCGGAUGAGCACAUAAUCAACAGCAAGAAGGUCGAUCCCAAGAAGGCCAAGGCCAGGCACGGCAAGAUCUUUGUCGGCGGCCUCACCACAGAGAUCAGCGAUGAGGAGAUUAAGACCUACUUUGGACAGUUCGGCAAUAUCGUCGAGGUGGAGAUGCCAUUCGACAAGCAAAAGUCGCAGCGCAAAGGAUUCUGCUUCAUCACCUUCGAUUCGGAGCAGGUGGUGACAGAUUUGCUGAAGACGCCCAAGCAGAAGAUCGCCGGCAAGGAGGUCGAUGUUAAGCGUGCGACGCCCAAGCCGGAGAACCAGAUGAUGGGCGGUAUGCGUGGUGGACCACGCGGUGGUAUGCGCGGCGGACGCGGUGGCUACGGAGGACGAGGUGGCUACAACAACCAGUGGGACGGACAGGGAUCAUACGGCGGCUAUGGCGGCGGCUACGGCGGAUAUGGUGCCGGUGGUUAUGGCGACUACUAUGCCGGCGGCUACUAUAAUGGAUAUGACUACGGUUAUGGUAAAUACAACAAACAACAAAGUAGUGCUCAAAACAAUUAUUACAAUAACAACACGUCGAGUAAUUACCAUCAAAACAAGAACAAUAGCAACAACUAUCAGCAGUUCUAAGUAGAGCCUCAGCCGCAUAGAGCUGGCCUGGCCAGCAACAAAAUCAGAAAGAAAUAAUCAAACAAAGCAAACAACAACAACCGCAGAAUAUAAAAACCUUCUAAUUUUUGCCAUAGACCUGAUCUGAUCCAAAAUUUCCACGUUGUUGUGUUUCCCAUUCAAACAAAACUGAGAGAAAAACAAAAACAAAAAGUUUAGCUGCAUUUCGAUAUAUAGUACCAUAUAUAUAUAUAUAUAUAUAUUUAUAUAUGCUUAUAUACCGCAUGCAUUGUCUAUAUGCAUAUUUGCAUAUAAAUCAUGUUGGUAUAUGAUGUCAAUGAACAACAACAUCAAAAACAACAACAAGAACAAGAACAACUACGAAAGCAACGUCGCUAAAAACAAGAAAACUUUUAAAAAUUGUAGAUUUGAAAGAGAGAAAACAAGAAACAUUUCUUUAAUGCUAACAUAUAAAUUUUAAUCUAAUCGUUCAUUUUAUAUUGAAAAAAAUGUGUAUUUUGACAGACAAUUUUCAUCAUUUAAUAAUAACAAGCAAAAUCGCAAUUUUUAUAUACACAUUUAUAUCUAUCUUAUUAAAUAUAAACCUACGUAUAAUUUUAAAGGCAUAUAAUUGAUGUUUAAAAUUUUAAAGCGUACCUUUUAAACGAGAAUUCAUUUAAACGAAACAUUUAAUUACCAAUUAUUAGUUGAGUAGCAUUUAAACAUAAAACUGACGAAGCGUGUGUAAAAAAAAAGAUGUGUUGUUAAUAGAGUGAGAAGGAGCGAUGAGAAAAGUAGACGUGACGUUCAAGUCGAGGCAUAUAUAAUGCUACCAUCCUGCCAUUUAUAUGCGACCACCACCAGACCGGACCAACCAACAAACAACAACAACAACCAGAACAACAUCAACAACAACUUGGUUGCCUUCAACAGACUUUCCAAAGAUGACAAAUACCUCAAACGCAAGGGCAGCAAACAAACAACCAGAAGAACAGAAAGAAACCCCAGACAUAACAACAAACAAAGAAACAUGAAACACAAGAGAGGAGCAUGUGCCAAUUAUGUGAAACUGUGUGAAACGCCAGUGUUUUUGGCCUUUUGCGCAAUUGCAACUUGUGCCUUUUUUUAAUUGUUAACUAAACUGUUAUUGUUUGAACACACUGAAAUCAAAAUCUGUUGAAACACACAAACACCCACACUACACACACACACCCACUUUCCCGCCAGCAAUCCCAUAAAAUAGUUAUUUAAAUAGUUUCACCUUUUGUUUUGUUUAACAAAACACUAAACAACAAGCAACCAGAACAGAAACGACAACAAACAAACAAAAAACAAAACACACGAAACGCGUAAUCAAAGCUUUGAUUCAAUGUCUAUUUAAAUAUAUAUAUACCUUAUAUAUAGCAUAUAAAUAUAUUUUUAGAUACAUAUUAUUAUUCCGGCAACGGGAUAAUAUUCACGUUCUUUGCAAUGCAUAUGUUUUCGUAUGCACCAUACGUCAAUAUACCUACCAUAUAUAUUUAUAUCAAAUAUAUACAAAUGUUAUAUAUUUAUACAUAAAACGUAACAUUUAACUAUGGUACUAUUUUUGAUAGUAUUAUUUUAAGGCAAAUCCUUGUAAAAAACAACUACAAUACGAUAAGAGCACAACAACCAGAAGCUCUGAAAAGAUCUGAAGGCCCCGGGGGGUCCAAAAAAGUCAGUGCAGUGCAUCCGGGAUAUUAUCAUUCCGGUGGAACCACUGCUGCAGCACCCCCCCGCAGCCUCAUUCGUUAGAUCGUUCUUUUAUUUGCUUUAUUUGCAUUUCCGCUGCACUUUCUUGACCAAAACGUAACGUAAUGUCCGAAGCAAUCCAUUUUUGAGGCUUGUCUUCAGUUGCACCGCUAGCGCAUUGCGGCAUUCUGCAUGUUCAUACGUUGAUUCCAGGAUAAAAAACCACAAACAAACAACUAACUAACUUACUGAACAACGACAAGUAAUUACAACUGCAAUAGCAACAUCAACAACAUCUUAAUUGUAGCAGUACAAAAAUGCAACUUUUCCAACAAAAAAAAAAAAAAAAAAAGAAAGAAAGAAAAACGAUUCAUAAAAACACACUUCGUCAAUUUUAGUAAUUUUAAUUCAAGCAUAUAUACAUAUAUAAUUUUUUCUUAUGGUUUCACAUACACAAGCAUUGCUAAUCGCAAAUGUAUAUAUAAAUACCUCUUAUAAUUCGUAUAUCUUUGAAUUUGAAAUUUAGCAGAACCUUGAAAUGAACUUUUUGCUAAUAAUUAUCCUAUCAAAUGUUGUCAAUGUGCGUCGACAAUUUGACUGUAUACCAAUUAUAUAUACAUUUGUACAUUUACAUACACCUUUAAUCAUAAACUUUGAGUAAAUUGUUUUACAAAGAAAUUGCAUGUUUCUCAAUGUUUUUAGCAAGUUGUCUGUAUACAAAGAAAACCAAACAAAAAAAUCUAGGCAAGAUAAGAAAAAAAUUUAUUGACAUUUAUAUUAAAGUUAUCCCAGAAAGAAAAGUUUUUAUAUAAAUUUUAUGCUAUAUUUUUAUUAAUUAAUAUACCGAUUAUUAUGAUGUUUAAAUGUGUAAACAAAUUUUUUUGAUAUAAACAAAAUUUUUGUAUACCUUUACAUAUACUUACCAUACAAUUAUAGCAAUAAUUUUGUGCCCCCACUUUAUAUUAAAACCCUAAUAACAAUAUAUUCUUAGACUUUAUAAUUUCCUAUUCCGUUACUACUCUACAACUACAACUUGAAAUUCUAAAACUAACCAACCAGACCACAAAAAUAAAAGUGCGGGGAGCUGUAGCUUAAGCACCGAGUUAGAUCUGUUGAAUAAAUUAAUGCCAAGUACGCAGAUCGGGUGUUUCGGUUCCCACUCCCCGCAUUUGUACCCGUUAAUUAUGUAAUAUUACUUUCGUAACUAUGAUUUUUGAACAUAUUUAUAUACGAUUAUAUGAUUGUAAAACCGAAUUUUCCGAUGUUUCGCCUCACAAAAACGAAAAAAAAAAGAAAUCAAACUAAACGAACCCAAAACAUAAGUAAAAGAAACCCCAAUGAGAGUUCAACUCAAAACACAGCCACCAACCACCCAAAAGCGAAUAUCCAAAAACGAUCGCAAGCUGCGCGCCUUUGUCUUGUCCAAGCUUCUCGCAAGCGGUUAACCGAUUGCCCGGCCGACCCGGUAACCGAUACAACCGGUGACCGAGGGUCCUUGGUGAGAACAACACCAGUAGAGCCACUAUAUCCAUCUACUAUCCACCGACAUCCGAACAAAGCAAUCAAUCAGGCAAUCAAGCAACCAAGCGACCAGAGAUCGAGCAAUCGAGCGAUCCGCCAUGCAAAACCGCACCAACAGUGUUAACUUUUCACUUAACUGUAACGUUUUUCAUUUUUUACUUAAAUCUUCCUUUUUCUAUUACAUUUAAAACGUAUAUAUUUACAAGUAACUUAGCGUAAUUAAUAUUUGUUUUUAGUAAAAUGCAUUGAAAAACUCUAAAAAAAAAAGAAGAAAGAUGAAAUGAUAAUAUAAUGGAACCACUAAAGUAAUGAAUGAAUUAAAAUAUUGUCAUACCGAUUCUGAGACAACUCUUAAGCUACAAAUCCAGUUUUCUUGUUUUUAACAACAGCUACAACAACAACAGAAAUGAACACGAAGAGUAAUUAUUAUAAUCAUUAUAUUAACUCGAGAGUAUAAAGUAAAAUUUGUUGACUAUUUGCAUUUGUUUUUGUUUUUCGCAAAACGUUUUCUAUGACACGCAAAAUAAUAAUAUAUUCGCGACAGACCACUCCGCAUCCUCAUCCCCCUUCCCUUCCCCCUUGACCAGCCUUGUAAUUCCCGAAGAUCCUUCAAUGGGAGUGAUAUAAAAGAAAAUUCACGAAAAAUUCAAAAUGAUCAUUUUAUUACUUUUUGCUGAGGUGAGACAUUCAAAAUACACACACACAAGAGCAGCAAAUGAAUUCACAAAUUUUUUUGGCAAAAACCUUACAAAAUUAUUUACCGAAUAUUUUCAAUCGAACGUUUACAAAGUAAUUAAUUUGAAAUUGAAAUGCUGAAAUUGUUGUGUGGAAAAUGAGGUAAAAAUUAAAAAACAUAAAUGCAUAACGAGUGCUGUAAGGAAAUGAGAAAUCGAAUGAAUUGAAAUAUCCAUUGCAAUACAUUGUGAAACAUGUUAAUAAGUCGAGUCGCGUCCGGUCGACAACUAACCAAAAUCUGAGACAACAACCAGAGUUAUAUUAUAUAAUUAUAUAUAACGAAGCGAAAUAACAACCACCAAUCCAAUCGAGAACCGCAUGUAUGUGUGAGCGCCGCCUUGCGCCAUUUUCCUCGACAUUUGCAAGAGGAAAGCGAGUGAAAAUUGUUUUUUAAAUUUUUAUUGUGUACCAGCAACCAACAGCUACAACAAUCGACAACUACACAUGUUAGAGCAACAUUUUAACCAUCAAUCUUAUAAUCAAAAUCCACAAACAAGAAAAAUGAGCAAAUAAAAGAAAAACG